CACUUCGAGCGCGUGCGGCGGGUCACCGAGUCCACCAAGAGGGCACCAUGUCGGACGGCGAGCCGUCGUACAUCGACUACGAGGAAUUCCUCGACCCCGACUUCUCUGCGACAGCGUUCGCCAACACGCUGGUCCUCUCGACGAACAACCCCUCCGACACACCGCUAGACCUAUCCACACCUCUCUCGCGUGUGCUCUUCGACGUCCAGGACAUCGACACGCAAAUCGACACGCUCACAACCAAGUCUGCGCUUCCGCUGCUAGACUACACGCGAGAACAUGCAGCUUCCAGUGGACGCAUACUGGAGGAAGUGGAGGGGCAGGUCGCAAGUUUGACCGAGUCGUACAAGGCGCUGGAGAAGGAGGUCAUUGAGCGGCAUGAGGUGGCAGAACAGGUCCGCCUGACUGCCGAGCGCUUGUGCCAGACGGUCAAGAUGGGCCGGGCAGUCGCGCGCUGUCUCAUGCUAGGAAGACAGUUGGAGGUGCGCAUGACCGAGAUUGGCGGGGUUGGGAGCGCAAAGAAGGAAGACCACAGAGCAAUGGUGCGGUCGGCAGACACACUGCUGUCCUUGCGACAGAUGUUUGCGGCUUCGGGCCCAGGAGAGGAAGGAGAGGGACUGGACAGAGUGAAUGUUGUCAAUGCAUUGAAGAAUGAGCUGGUCAGUCCUGGCGAGAGAAGCAUCACCUCGAGAGCACAGCAGGUGGUCAAGGAGUUCUCCAUGUCGUCACUGCUCACGUCGGGAGGACAGGCUUCAUCGUCUACGUUCACGCAAACGGAAGACACAAAGUCACGGACAACAUCUGCCCUGCUCACCCUGUAUCUACUGUCGCCGGCCGCUGCCAACGGUGCUGCCUUUUCGCCAACUCUACUACUGAGCGCACUUCGGGACUACCUUGAGACACAGCUGAAGUCCUCACUGGCAUCUCUCGCGCGAUCACUGGCAACGCUGCCCACCCUCGACCGGACACUCCUCGAAAUCUCGGCCCGAUGUCAAAAUAUUCUGGCGCUUGAAAUGCUCUUGGAGUCCACAAAACCUCCGGCGCACCCCCUGCUGCAACCCAUUGUAAACGAGCCCUCUCACCCGGAUAAGGCGCCACCGAACAAUUUUCUGCAACCGCUUCUGCACGCGCUCGACACGUCGUCGCUGCCGUCUUACUUUUGGCGCUCGCUGGCGUCGAAUCUUGCGCCAAGAGUGCAGGAUAUCAUGCAUCGUGGUGGGGUUUCCGCAAGGACCCUGCGCUCGAACAAGGACAGGGUUAGGGAUGCGGUGAGGGACUGUGUGAAUCGGGGGAGCCAGGUGCCGGGCGCACCGGCAGGCAAGGGUAAGGCAGGCGCGGCGGGGAAUUGGGAGCGCGAGGCGGCCGUGAUGGUGUCGUCGAUCUCGGGUCAGAUACGAUGAUGGAUUCACCAUGGCGUUCCUCAGCUCCAAAAGGUCACGUGAUGCAAGGUGGUCUACGGGUGACGAUGCAUUCGGCACACCAGGUUCAUGUACGAGCGGGCGUGGCAGGCUGCUGUAACGCGGCGACCCGCGGGGGUGCUCCUAUAAUAGAACAAAACAUGUGGAUGCAGAGAGCACGUCGAGGUUCAAACGACG